AUGAAAGCGAAGAUGAAGAGAGAAAACUUCAAAAAAACGAUUGAAAAGCUUCUCAAGAAGCCUAUUAUUGAUGAGCCAGUUGAUAAUUUGCCCAAAGAAGAGAGGAUGAAGAGAGAAAAGCGGCUCAAGAGGCCUGUCACGGAAGAAAAACCCAAGAACAAGAAGAGAUAUGAGAGUGAAGAGAGCGAAGAUCAAGAAAAACCCAAUCCAAUCAAGAAGAAGAAGAUGAGUAGUAAUACGGGAAUUGACAAUGUUUCAUAUCCACCACCAGAACUUCCUUCAGAAUUUAAGGAAAAAAUCAACAACUUGAAUGGUUCUAAAUUGAAGUUGUUGAUACAGAAGAAGGUGACCGCGACCGAUGUAAGUCAUACUCACAAUCGUAUAUCAAUGCCUUUGAAUGGCAUCAAAGUAGAUUUCCUAAGUGAUGAAGAGAAGAAGCAUCUAGACUCGCAUACUGGAACGAAUGUGGCAGAGAUACCAGCGAAGCUAAUCCAACCUGAUUUGUGCAAAGAAUGCGAUGUAACAUUCAAGAAGUGGGAUAUGAAGAAAGAAAAAGGCAAAACUCAGUACUCAAUCUGCUAA